AUGUGCCCCGGGGUCCUCGUGCUCGUCGGCCCUCCGUCGCUCCUCGGCGGGUGCGUCGCGACGUGGUACCUCGGUCACGCGCUCGCGUCGUCAUCUGACUCCUCGCUCGCGACGUACGACGUCGACGCGCCGUCGUCGUCGCUCGGGCGACUCGCGGGCGCGGGCGCGAUGGGUGGCGUCUGGGCGAUCGCGCGACGGACGCUUUUUCCGAUCGUCGACGCCGGCGGCGCGCUCAGCGCGGCGACGGCGACGCUCGGCGAGCCGCUGAAGAUCGCGAGCUGGAGGGAUUUUUACAGAGCGACCGGGCCGCCGGUCGCGAUGCGAUGCGCGGUGGGGUUGGGCGCGUUCGCGGUCGGCGGCGCGACGGCGGCGGUGGUGACCGAUCGAACGCGGCGGACGAAGAGAGAGAGCUCUGGUCGACGGCUUUGA